GCUGAAUUCGACUUCUUUACACUAUAUGUCCAAUACGUGGUUGUCUCGUUGCGCCACGACGCUUCACUGAUGGCUGCCACACAUUGUCUUUUGAGUGAAAGUAAAGUGGUCGAAGAUCAGACAGAGCAACGACUACAACUGGAUCACAGACUCGAUAGUCUGAUAUUGUUAGUCUAUACGAUACUUAUUGUGCUCUCUGUGAUUACCAUCUGGACGUUUAAACAUAGACGUUUCCGAUACUUCCACGAAACCGGUUUGUCUGUUGUAUACGGUUUAAUUGUGGGCGUUGCUUUCCGCUAUGGUGUGAAACCCUCGAAACUCUCAGUGGAGUAUCAUGACCUCGCCCAUGAUUUUUCCACGAACACGAGUUGCGGUGGUCGCUUGCCUCCCCAGAAGCUCAUAGCUCGUUUGCCUGUUCGCGAUGAGUUUGGCCGAUUCAAUCUGAGCAUGUCUUUUCAAUAUGGAUAUGAGCAAGUUGCCUCCACGGAAAUCCCGUUUAACAACAAAGCCACCUUCAAUCCUGAAAUUUUCUUUAACGUCUUGCUGCCUCCCAUUAUAUUCUGUGCUGGUUACAGCAUGAACAGAUGUCACUUCUUCAGAAAUAUCGGUGCCAUUUUGACGUAUGCUUUUGUGGGCACUUUUCUGUCAGCCUUUGUGGUCGGCAUUAUAUGCUAUGGUUUCACGCGUGGUAUGGCAACGCUUUCCACUCUCUUAUCAUUUUCGGAUUGUCUUUUGUUCGGCUCCAUAAUAUCAGCAACGGAUCCAGUUACCGUUCUUGCCAUCUUUAAUGACCUCGGUGUGGACGUGGACUUGCAUGCUCUAGUUUUCGGAGAAAGCGUCCUUAACGAUGCAUUGGCUAUUGCACUUUCUCA